UCGCCGCCAUCUUGGCUCAUAACAGAAGCGACAGAGAAUGUCUAAUAAGGGGCUCUGGAAGCGAUUUACAAUCUCAUUCUUUUCCAAUUGAAAGUUUAAGAUUUUGUAGAGUAGCCUAUCCUGCUGCAAAUUGACUGACGCGUAUCUUCUGUAAAACAUAAUGUGUAUUUAAUGUUCCCACCAUCAGAUAGCAAGCCUCCGGAGAUUUUUUGUUAACCGGUAGCACACUAACAAGCUCUUGCUUGUCAACAAACAUGAACUCUCUCGUUUGUUAUGGAGUGUCAUCUGAUUCUGAUAGUGACAGUGAUGUGAAAAAAUGCGAUCAAGAGGCGGAGAAGGCGAGAAAGGGUUGCAACUUUCUACUGGAAUCCGGCUCAGCGUCCAGCGAUUCUGAACGCGAAUGUGAUGAUGAGAAGGAGAAGGAGCAGGAGCAGAAAUAUGAUGGUCGGACUAAGCCUCAUGCACCCAUUCAGGGACAUGUACCCGAGAAGCCCAUUCCUCCUGCCUUAUCAACCCUGAAAGCCAACAAGCUGCCGCCUCCACCUCUUGGGGCGAGUGGUCUGGUGGGCAGUAGUGUUUUUACUAAUCCGUUUAAGGAACAGGCUGAUGAGCGCCUGAAUGUACUGCAGAAGCAUGUACCACUUACACUGCAGGCUAGACCUGCACAGAUUGGUGGUAAGAAAAUGUGCAUAUCUUAUAGGAAGGAUGGACGAUGCCGCUUUGGGAGCCGCUGUAAGUUUGCCCAUGACAGUGAUCUCCAAAACUCAGUCACCCCAGACAGCAUGGUGGCACCUGAUGAGGGUCCAGAAACCGGUUCAGACCAGGCCAGCCCAACUCGGGCACCAUCACAGACCCAUGACUGUCAGACCCCCUUGCUCCAAACACAGGGGCAAGAAGGAGAUGGGUCAGACGAGGGCCGCAUAAAGAAGAGGAGAGUCGGCCUCAGCCAAACACUCAUCCCCCCAAAACGGGCACUAAAACAGUAUGACAUACAGAGGCAAAAGGACAGAGCCACUCCUUUCUGAGAGGACUGCAUGUAUUUGUGUUGUGUGUGUGUGUUUGGUGAUCUCAGAGGCUUAGUCUGUAUGUGAAACUGUCAAUUCUGACUUUUCUUCAUUUUCAACACACAGUAAUAACUUACGUUAUGGUUAAGGGCACAGAAUUCACUCCGUACAAGAUGGGGGGGGGGGAGCUUACUAACAUUUAAGCCUGUAUUAGACAGACAUGUGAAAUAUGUUAUUUGUAUAAUAAAUUAUAUAUUAUAAAUACUUUACAUGUCAUUACAAACGAUUCACUCCUGUGUGUUAUGCGCUAAAGCCAUAACUUUACAAAUAUAAUACAAGUUCCCCAGAAAAAAAUGUACAAAAAAAUGUUUGUACAUACCUAAGCCUUUUAGUGGUGCAACCAGCUAAGAAACCUUUGAUGGUCCUGUGAACUCAAGUGUGUUUGAGACAGGCUAGUCCAUAUAAGAUGUAUUUUCAUCACGCAUUUACCAUAACAAGCCUGUAAUGGAAUACAAACGACAAAAAACAAAACGUAUGUGUUAAGACCAGUGAUGUUAAGUCCAUUUGAAGUGGCUAUUCAGUAUUCAGGGAUGUUCCUUUGAGUGUGAUCUCACAACCAUUGGCUUUCAGGAACAUGCAGGUCAUUGAGGUGUUUUGGUGGCAUGUUAGAUGUUCAUAGAUAUUAAACCUUGAUAUUAAAAUAUGCUGUAGUAUUAACCAAAUUAAAUUCAUAAUAGUCAUUCAGACAGUCAAGACCACAGAGGCCUUUAAGGCAGUCGGUCACUGUUUUAUUGUGUUCAUUUUGUUGCAACGGUAUAAGCCACUGUCAAAUGGCCAUAUGCGCUAUCUACUAUCAUGUGGAAAGAUGAAUGGGAAUAGCAUGUUUGAAGAUAUUUGUGCAUGGAAACUGUUAAUCCCAUAAUGGCCUAUGCCAUCUGCUUGCUGUUGUAUGUUGGUUAUUGCUGCUUGGCAUUGACCAGAGGAGUAUACUACAAAACAAGAGAAGUGGUAUGUUGCUUUGAAAGUACAUUAAAAGUCGGCAAGCACAGGCUAAA